UCCUUUUCCACUACCGGGCGUCUGACUGUUAUUGAUUCACUAAGGUUUUCGUCUUUCAGAAACGGGAAUUUAUUACAGAACUACUGCUUGCAAAAUCGCAUCUCGUGUAUAGGAAAACGCGGUUACAACCGAUACUGAUGCAUGAAAACCAGGGGACGUAGCAGGAUAGCAUAUUUCUAAUGAUAUGCAGUGAAUGUAACCGAUCUGGUACAUUAAGAUAAUAAUAAUAAUAAUAAUAAUAAUAAUAAUAAUAAUAAUAAUAAUGUUUAUGGGCGUCACUUUCUCUGACAAAAACAACAGACCACUAAGCUAAAGUCGCUUUGAAGUUCCCGGACUUGAGAAACGUAGCGUGCUUGGCAUUGGCAGUAAACGACAAGAAGAUAACAUGCUUUAUAAACACUGCACACGUUUACUAAACGUGUGGUUUAGAAACAGCAGAUCAUGCCAUACACUUCUUCCAAAUCAAGUUUUAAGACCGUGGUCUAUGAUUAAUAAAGAUUUUCAUACUGCAGCUGUUCUCAGAACUUAUGAUAUGAGAAGAGUCGAUUUUACACCACUGGAACAAAGAAAAUUAACAUUUGAUACGCAUGCCUUGGUAAAGGACCUCCAAGCAAGUGGGUUCGAAAAACAACAAGCUGAGAUUAUUGUUACGGCACUGGUAACACUGACGACUGGAAAUAUGGACACAGUCUACAGAGAUAUGGUGACGACCUCGCAUCAGGAAAUUGCCCUGCAGCAGAUCAUGGCACACCUGGAUGCAAUCCGGAAGGACAUGGUGAUUCUGGAGAAAAGUGAAUUUGCAAACCUGAGGGCUGAGAAUGAGAAAAUCAGAAGUGAGCUAGAGCAGUUUAAACAUCUGCUGAUGGAGGAAAGCAUGAAAAUCCGUGCAGAUGCUAAACUGGAUAUCAAUUUGGAGAGAAGCCGAGUAACUGACAUGUUUACAGAGCAGGAGAAGAAGCUUAUGGAAGUUGGCACAGAAUUCAAUAAAAAGAACGCAGAUGUAGAUCGGAGCACAACAGAAGCUACUAAAAAAAUCGACAUAGAAGUGGCCUCACUGAAAACUCUCCUGGAAUCUCUCAAACUUGACACAAUCCGCUACCUUGCAGCCUUUGUCUUCGUCUGCCUUGCAAUGGCCUUGGGCUUUUACCGUUUGUGGAAGUAAGAAAACAAAGAAGCAUUUGAAAAAGAUUGCUCUACAUUGUGUUCCAGUAUUCCAAGGCCGGAGAAGUCAGUUCUCGUGGAGAGCAAAAAAUUGACAAAUUGCUGUUGCUAAAUUGUUUUAAGCAAGUUUAUGAUGGUGCCUGUUUUGUAAGAUUAUUCUCAAAAAUAAUAAUUCCAGUCCUUUUGAUGUGAUAUUUCAAUAACAACAGUUUAAUUCCGGAACAGAGGAAAAAACAAUGAUACACAGUAGAGAACGUAACCCCAUACGAACUGCACAGACAAAUCUUCAAGCAAAACAAUACUGUAGGUUUAACCCUACAUGACCCUUCAGUGCCGUCAGAUGAGCUUGAUGAAAGAGGGUCAAGAGUACAGAAAUACUCAAGGCAAAACCAGCCUCCCUUGGAGUCGCUCAGCCAAAAUCUUAGAUGAUCAAGCCAGCCCAGGCUUGAGACUUGUACCUGUGAUUGUAAUUAGUAUUUUAAUUAGCAAAGCAAUUCAUACAUAAUUAAGGGUCAUCAGCAACUUCUCUCUAUGCCAUCAAAUAAACCGGUUUGUUAUCUUGUCUAUGUGAUACAAGCAGGCACCAGCCCCAGUUGUCUGUGGAGAACUAGUCUUUCGUUGGGUGUGAUAAACCCUAUGUUAACAACAUUUGCAAAACAAAAGGGUCCUUUGAACUGAGGGACCAGAUCUUGUCCGGCUUUCCCCAUCCCUAUCUGCAAGCUACUCGGAGAGAGCAUUUAACAGUGAAGUUUUUAUAUGAAACUUUAAAUCUUACAGUUCCCUCAUGCCUCCACUUGUCUGGAGCCAUACUUCCUAUUUGUCAAAACUGAAAAUGAAAUCAGGUGAUUAGAAAAGGUAAUAUCAUUGGCUGAACACACACAGGCAUGUAGAACAAUUGUCAACUGAAUUGCUGCAAAUAGAGCAGCGGUCUAGUCCAGCAAUUCGAUUACCAAUCGAAAAGUCGAGUUGUCAGUUAGUGCUACAUGGUUAAUUUUAUAGUCAAUGUGACUUAUCAAGAAGAAAUAGCUUAAAUGUGCUCCUGUAUCUCCAGCUGUAGUGGUAUGUUCUUCUUGUUUCCCACUGUCCCCUGCUCCUGGCCGGAUAUCAUUAAUUUGCUGUGAAAAGACAUGUAAUGCAGACAAGCAAUAGAAAAACAAUAGACAAGGUACCAGAUAACAUUAUUUGUUUAUUUAGCAGAUUCAGAAGUUUAAUCCAUUAUGACGCUUUCAGAAGAUGUUACACUGAAACAUUAGAAAUGUGUACAGUAUUAAGUAAUGUGAAAAUAUCUUCAU